AGUAGGUUCUGACUCCUUUGUAUCAGUCACUUGCAUUUCCAACAGUUGCGCCGUUUUAUACCCUCUUCUUUUCAACCUUACUACAACAAUCCGAUUGGGGGAUGUAUAUGUCAUGAUAUUUAUACGAGCACAGUUGAAUCCCUUGAUAGACUUAGGUACAUACAUAUAAGCUUACAAGCUCGCACGCUAAGGUACGCCAAAUAAUCCCUUGGUUAAUCAUCAUGUUUCGCUGAAAACGGACAGCAGAAAUCAAUCAACCAACAGCCAACCAACAAACCAGCAAAUAGUACAAAACUAUGAAUCAUGCCUUGGUUUUGCUUCAUUUCAUGUAAACCUCACAUGAAUAAUGUUCUGGCUUUCUCACGGCUUCACAUGCUUAUAAGCUCACAAUCUCACAUUCUCACAUUUUCUCCGCAUCAUCUCCCUAUGCGAUAGGUUGAGACGGACUCGGAUCUGAACCCCAGAUUUUGAACGGCUAGCCACCUUCCUUCUGGGUCAUUUGUCCGAACGGGAUAUCCGAUACUCUUCCCUUACAGCUACCCCGGUUGUUCCUUGAGCACAUUCUCUGUCACAAGCUACUAGGUAGCUAAGAGCUAGAGUACCAUACCCGGUCAUUUCGGCCCGUCCAUAGCCCCUCAUCACGCUCUUAGAAUACCCUGGACGGCAUCAACAUACUCUUCUUGGCAGUACAAGAUCAGCAUCACAACUAAACCAUGACAUUCCUUCCUAGACGUUACCUCCGCGCCCCACGAUCCCCUCUUCAUCCCCAUUCACACCUUUCUAAUCUCUGUGUUGCCAUCGUUGUGUUCUUCCUCCUUGAUGCUUAUUGGAUCAUUAUCAAUCUUCCACAUCCAAUACGUACUAUCACGCCUUCAUAUUCGGCAGUUGAUCCAUCUACUUUGACGUCAAAUCAACAUGAAUCCCUCUCAUUGCUGGGUCAGGAUUCUCCAUCGAUGAGAAGGGUUGGGGAAGAGGGGGACCAAGAGUCAUUAUUAUCUAGUGAUGUUGAAAAUGAUAUAGCAUUUCAGGGAUUUACACCACAAAUGGGAAAUCCCAACAAUGAAACAAUUUUCAUCGCAGCUAUAUUUCGUAGGUCUGAAAUAAUGCUCAGACAAAAUUGGUCACCGGCUCUUAUAUCCCUGGUUCAGCAUCUAGGGCCUAAGAAUGUCUAUGUCUCAAUUGUUGAGUCGGGUUCUUGGGAUGGAACGAAAGCGGCACUGAUGGAUUUGGAUGGUAUGCUAAAUGAAGCCGGGGUAGAAAGGACGAUCGAAUUAGGUAUGGAUCGUGCGGCUCAGCUUGAGGAAUUAAAACAUGUGCCAGAGGAGGGACAGGAUAGAAGUGGAUGGUUAUUUACGGGAAGGAAAGAGAGUGAAAGUGGAUGGGAAAUGAGACGGAUACCAUAUUUGGCGAGAUUGAGAAACAGGGCUAUGGAACCUUUACUGAGGGUGUGGGAUGAGGGAAGAGGGAGGAAAUUUGAUAAGAUUUUAUGGAUUAAUGAUGUUGUUUUUACGGUAUGUUGUCACGUGUUUCUUCCCCUUUUCUUUUCGUUUGUUUUGUAUCUUACUUCUUCAUGUCUUAUAUCUCUAUAUAGUCUAUAUUUUGCAUCUAUUUCAUUCUCUAUAUCCAAAAAUCAUACUUGUGACUAAUCUCACAACAGACAACCGACGUAACUACUCUCCUCGCCACAAACAAUAACUCCUACGCCGCAGCUUGUUCUCUUGAUUUCUCACGCCCCUACCAAUACUACGACACAUUUGCCCUCCGUGACUCAUCUGGUCGAAAAACCUCAUCUCUUUACUGGCCAUACUUUUACUCUUCCCAAUCAUUAAAUGCAAUAAAAAGAAACGAACCGGUACCUGUAAAAAGUUGUUGGAACGGAAUGGUCAUUUUCGACGGGGAACCAUGGUAUCCCUCUCCAUCUAAAGAACAAGGAAUCGCCAAUCCCCAAAACAAUAAUUUCAAAGGUUUAAAAUUUAGAGCUGUUGCGGAUUCUCUAGCUCAAAAACAUGUAGAGGGUAGUGAAUGUUGUUUGAUACAUGCGGAUAAUCCGCUCAGAGAAAGUAAGGGGAUUUAUGUAAAUCCAAAUGUGAGAGUGGCGUAUAGGAGGGAUGUUUAUGAGAUGGCUAAUGCGAGAAAGGGAUGGCCUGGGAAGUGGGAGGCUGUGAGUGGUGUUUGGUGGGUUAGGGUGGGGUGGGUUGGGGAAUGGUGGAGUGGGUUGGUGGAGAGGGGGAGGAUGGGGAGGAGAGUGGUGGGUUGGGUGAGGGAGGGGAGGAUUCUUGGGGAUGGGGAUGUGGGUGGAAGUGGAGAUGGGAAUGGAAGUGGACAUGAGGAGAGAGAGGAAUUGGGAAUAGAAUGUUUGAUUAAUGAGAUGCAGGUGCUGUAUCAAAGUGGUUGGAGACAUAUUUAACUAUUUCUUUUUCCUCCUUUCCUUUCCUUUCCUUUCCUUUCCUUUCCUUUCCUUUCCUUUCCUUUCCUUUCCUUUCCUUUCCUUUCCUUUCCUUUCCUUUCCUUUCCUUUCCUUUCCUUUCUCGUCCCGCACUUCGCACUUCGCGAUCUUAGCAAGCGCAAUUUUCCUUUUCCUUUGUUUCUCUUUUGUCACUAUUAUCGUUAUUGAGUUGGUGGGUUGGUGGGUAAAAAUCGAUUUGAGUUUGUUCGUUUUUGUUUACUCGAAGACUCGCAGGGUAAAAUUUAGAAACUGUUAUUAUCUUGUGGGGUUUUGAUUGAGAUGAUUGGAAUGAGAUCAGUUGGUGUGGUCUAGAUGU